UCUGGAUAAGUGAAUCAUUCCAAUUUUCUCACCAAGAUUGUCAAGCUGUGCGUCGCAAGAUGGCAAAAUUAAUAAUUUUCGCGACAUUGUUAAUUAUUCUGUACAAUUGCAACUUGGGAGGAGCGGAAAACUCUGCGAACAACGAUCCGAACCCAGGAUUUAACUUCGACCUUUCCUCUGCUGGACAUUUGCUAAUCUCAGCCAUCAGGUACGCCUUCCUGCCAGAAAUUUCCAGUGUCGGUACUAAUAACGUCCUCCCACAAAUUCGACCUCCCACCACCACCACACACCAAACACUUCGUUACAAUGGUACAACCCAUCUUCGAAACAUAAUGAACGACAAUUUCUAUGGGGGGUUUGGAAUUCAAAGCAAAAAAAGCAGGAAAUGUGCCGACAUUUAUCAAGGGAGUAGCAGCGACGGUAUCAAAUUGGAAAUCUGGGAAUGCAACGAUGGGGAUAAUCAAAAAUUCUCUCUUGGUUUUACCGGCCUCACCAACGUUGUUGGACCUAUUUUACCAGGUGCUCUAUGUUUUGGUGGCCCUUGCCAAAAAUCACCUAGACCUUUGUUUCAAAUUGUUGGAAAGCUAUCGAAGAAAUGCUUAGACGUGGCCAAUUUGGGAACGGGCGAUAAUACCGACGUUAUUCAAUACGACUGCCAGACGCCACCAAGGGAAAAUCAACUCUGGUACAUGCAAUGGUGGAAGGACGACAUGGGUCUCGGAUAUUUUUCCUUGGUGUCGAAAAACAGUGAAAAAUGCCUCACGGUUUUUGAAGGGAAAGAUGUCGACGGAGAAAUCCUCAACAUUUAUACCUGCGGCCAAUCGGACAAUCAACUUUGGAGCUUUUAUUAAUUUCAAUUCAUUAAUUUCAGUUUAAAUAAUCCACAUGUUUUAUAAAAUAUUUAUUUACCAAAUUAAAACCUACGGUGCAGAGUGUGCAGACUUUAUUUA